UGUCUACGCUCUGCCACAAGACUUCAUCUUUGGAGCGGAUGGAGGAGGAAGGCAAUGACGAUGAGGAGGAUGAUGAACUGGACAUCUUUGGGGGUUAUGACAGCUUCCGGGGCUACAACAGCAGCAUGGGCAGUGACAGCAGCUCCUGUCUGGAUGAGUCCAGUGACGAUGAGGUGGCCGAUCGGGAAGCGGGAGAGGUUCCAACCUCUCCUGUGCACCAGCUGUCCACAGGCCGGCUCGCAGAGGACAGUGGGUCUGAACCAGCUGUGUGCGAGAUGUGUGGGAUUGUGGGCACCAGGGAGGCUUUCUUCUCCAAGACCAAACGUUUCUGCAGCGUCUCCUGCUCCAGAAGCUACUCCUCAAACUCCAAGAAGGCCAGCAUCCUGGCCAGAUUGCAGGGGAAGCCACCAACAAAGAAAGCUAAAGUCCUGCACAAGGCAGCCUGGUCAGCCAAGAUCGGGGCCUUCCUCCAUUCGCAGGGCACAGGGCAGCUGGCAGAUGGGACGCUGACAGGCCAGGAUGCACUCGUCCUGGGCUUUGACUGGGGAAAGUACCUGCAGGAGCAUGGCUUCAAGGCAGCUCCUGUCAGCUGCUUCAAACACGUGCCUCUCUUCGAUCAGUGGGAUGAUGUGGUGAAAGGUAUGAAAGUGGAAGUGCUGAACAGUGACGCCGUGCUCCCCAGCCGCGUGUACUGGAUUGCCUCUGUCAUCCAUACUGUAGGGUACAGGGCCCUUCUACGAUACGAGGGCUUCGAAAAUGACGCCAGCCACGACUUCUGGUGCAAUUUGGGCAUGGUGGAUAUUCACCCCAUUGGCUGGUGUGCCAUCAACAGCAAAAUCCUGGUACCACCACAAACUAUCCACGCCAAGUACACUGACUGGAGAAGUUACCUCAUGAAGAAACUGGUGGGAGCCAGGACCAUCCCAGUGGAUUUCCACAUCAAGAUGGCGGAGAGCAUGAAGUACCCGUUCCGGCAGGGCAUGCGAGUGGAGGUGGUGGAUAAAAACCACGUUUCCCGGACGCGCAUGGCAGUGGUGGACACGGUGAUUGGGGGCAGACUGAGACUCCUCUAUGAGGAUGGCGACAGUGAUGAUGACUUCUGGUGCCACAUGUGGAGUCCCCUCAUCCAUCCUGUGGGCUGGUCACGGAGAGUGGGCCACAGCAUGAAGAAGACAGAAAAACGCAGUGACAUGGCAAACCAUCCCACCUUCCGGAAGAUUUACUGUGAUGCUGUCCCCUAUCUGUUUAGGAAGGUACGAGCUGUCUAUGCUGAAGGUGGAUGGUUCGAGGAAGGCAUGAAACUGGAGGCCAUUGACCCCCUGAAUCUGGGCAACAUUUGUGUGGCCACUGUUUGCAAGGUCCUCUUGGAUGGGUAUCUCAUGAUCAGCAUUGAUGGAGCCACAUCUGCCGAUGGCUCUGACUGGUUCUGCUAUCAUGCCUCCUCACACGCCAUCUUCCCUGUCAACUUCUGUCAGAAGAACAGCAUUGAUCUGACCCCUCCAAAAGGACAAGAUGCAAAGACCUUCAACUGGGAAAGUUACCUGGAAACGACUAAAUCAAGACCUGUUCCAGCACGGCUCUUCAACACAGACUGCCCAAACCAUGGCUUCAAGGCAGGCAUGAAGGUGGAAGCAGUGGACCUGAUGGAGCCCCGGCUCAUCUGCGUAGCCACAGUGAAGCGUGUAGUCCACCGUCUCCUUAGCAUCCAUUUUGAUGGCUGGGACAAUGAGUAUGACCAGUGGGUGGACUGUGAGUCUCCAGACAUUUAUCCUGUGGGGUGGUGCGAGCUGACAGGCUACCAGCUUCAACCGCCUGUUGUUCCAGAGCCCACAACUCCAGUGAAGGCCAAGGAGAUGCCCAAGAGGAAGAAGAAACCCUAUGGAAAGAAGAGAAAAAAGUUACCUGCCAAAGCCCGCAACAUCAAGCAGACCGUCAAGAAGCCGCCUGCCCCGAAGAUGAAACGAGAAGCAAAAGCUGCCAGCAAGGCUUUGCCAGAGCCAGCACCUGAUGAGAUCAUUGCCGUGCAGGUGAAAGAAGAAACCAUCGACCCCUCGAUAGCAGAGUUUGGAGCCGCAGAGCUUCCUGUUCCCAUCAGCAGCAUAAAACAGGAGGUCACAGACUGA